GCCACACUCAGUCUGUGUGAGGAGUUGAACUAUCGCCGAUGUGUGACGGCUGGCUCGUGUAAGCUAAUAGUAGACUGAGAGAAAAGGCAUCUCCUGAACAAUCACGUAAAUGAAACUUACGCUACCCUGAUAAGUUUACUAACCAACACUCUAAACGGCCUUAGUCCGAUCUGGAAGAAUGCGUCUAGUGGCGUAAAAAGGUUGAGUUUUGAGUGCGUAGCCUUUUCUGGACACAAUUAAACCAGCGUGUAUAUAUAUAUACGGAGCCAGGCCAGAUUAACAGCUAACGAGAUUUGGGAACUUGAUGGAAAUAAUAAACGUCUCUCACAAAUCAAGUGGAUGUGUGUGAUAUGGGCAAACACAGCACACCGGUUUUGGAGUGAAGAAUUCCUACGUUGACCGCCUCCGACAUGACUGAUGGCCACAAACGCGGGGACGAAAUGUGUGAUGUUGCACAUCCGAGGGUAGUAGAUUCCACAAUGUGCGAGUGGAGCAGGAGGAGAAAUCACUUCACACAUCAGCGGACAUAAAACCACUGGUUUGCAUCGUGGGAACCAUCACCAUAGAUCAGUUGAAGAGUCGUGGCGUCCGAUCACGAGGGACAAAGCAGUUCAGCAGCUGAUCAUCUUUCAACCCUAGAUGCUCGUCUUUCACAACAUGGCUCCAGAAAACGGAUAACUCUCCCCUGCUCUGAAGGAAUGUAGAGAAAGAGAACUAGAUACUGUUCACACACACGCACACACACAAAUGCAGUAAAGGGAGAAUGGAAGUGCAGGUGCAGAGUCAGUUGCUAAAGCACCAGCCUUCACCAUUGUCUAAAAUGCUAGUAGGCUAUUUGUUCAUUUAAUUAAUUAGCUAUAACAUACAUAUAAUAUGCUUUGCUGUAUUGUAUGACUGUAAGACUUGCCAACCUGGGGCAUAUGUUGGAUGGACCAUGGUGCGGCUUCUACUAAAGAUCCAGCGCUACUUCUGGCGGAAGCCUGUGCGUUUCCUCUCCUUCCUACUUUUCUAUCUUGUGGCUGGAAGUCUUGUUUACCUGCACACUGGUUUCUCCAGCAAUAGUUCUGCUGGUACUAGGAAUCUCCUAAUGUCUGAAAAAGGCAUGAGGUUAGCAUCCUCUGAGGUGGGCCAAAGUCUUGGUCUUAUGAGGAGGGUGUUUAGGGACACACAGAGAUCACCUCAUUGGCAUAGACCCUCCUGGUUGAAAGAAAAUGGGCAGGAAGGUCCAGAACGAAGUAGCCAGAAAAGAGACUACAGCAACAGUUUGAGCCAGGGGGUCAACCACAGAAGUACCAAAGAUGUGGAAGAUGGAAGAUCUAAAUACAUUGGUUGCUACAUGGAUGACACACAGAACAGGGCACUAAAAGGAGUGUCGUUUUUUGACUAUAAAAAGAUGACCGUAUUCCGUUGCCAGGACAACUGUGCUGAAAGGGGCUACUGGUAUGCUGGCCUGGAGUUUGGAGCAGAGUGCUACUGUGGUCACAAAAUUCAAGCAUCCAAUGUCUCAGAAAGUGAAUGCAACAUGGAAUGCAAAGGAGAGAAGACAAACCUUUGUGGAGGUGCCAACCGACUGUCUAUCUACCGCCUGGAACUCAGCCAGGAAUCUGCUCGACGCUAUGGAAGUGCCAUCUUCAAAGGAUGUUACCGCAAACCAGAAAAUGCCACAUUGGCUCUACCCAUCACUGCACUGAUAAGAAAUAUGUCUGUGGAUAAAUGUGUUGACAUGUGCACAGAGAAGGAGCUUCCUCUGGCUGCACUGUCAGGCCAGCAGUGUCAUUGUGGCUUCCGCACUACUCUGUUCACACUUCAUGAGCGUGAGGAUGAGGACCUGUGUAUGCAACGCUGCAGUGGGGAAGAUUUUGAGAGCUGUGGAAAUGAGGAAUUCUUUGUGGUGUACCAAACACAGGUUCAAGAUCAUCGCUGUAUGGACCGUAGGUUCCUUCCGACUCGCUCCACUCAACUUGUGGCCUUGGCCAGUUUUCCUGGGGCAGGGAAUACCUGGACCCGUCACCUCAUUGAGCUGGCUACAGGGUAUUACACAGGAAGCUACUACUUUGAUGGUUCCUUGUAUAACAAAGGUUUCAAGGGGGAGCGUGAUCAUUGGCGCAGUGGCAGGACUGUCUGCAUAAAGACCCAUGAGAGCGGCAAGAAAGAAAUAGAGGCCUAUGAUGCCAGCAUCCUUGUAAUCCGUAACCCAUAUAAAGCCCUGAUGGCUGAAUUCAACCGCAAGUAUGGUGGUCACAUUGGAUUUGCUUCCCAAGCUCACUGGAGGGGUAAAGAAUGGCCAGAGUUUGUGAACAAUUAUGCACCAUGGUGGGCCUCACACACACUUGACUGGCUGAAAUUUGGGAAGAAGGUGCAUGUGGUCCACUUUGAAGCACUGAAGAAUGACCUUUUUGCCCAUCUUAAGACUAUGGUGAUAUUCCUAGGUCUGGAGGUAUCAGAGGACAGAUUGCUCUGUGUGGAAGGGCAGAAGGAUGGAAACUUUAAGCGGUCAGGCCUGAGGAAACUUGAGUACAAUCCCUACACUCCAGAGAUGCGGGCGAUGAUUGAUGGCCUCAUAAAUACAAUUGACUCUGCUCUCAAAAAAAGGAAGAUGUCAGGUGUGCCCGAAGAAUACAGACCAAGAUGAUAAAGACUUUACACUUCUCUUCCAUCCUUAAACCAUUGAUACCUUUAUUGGUCACCAUACUAAUGGACCAAAGAGUUUCAUGGAAUAUGGAACUGAUCAUUACAGUUCAGAGCAGACUAAAUUGUACGGGUUAGAUGAUUGAUCUGUAUAAAAUGGCACUGAAAUGAGUGAAUCUAAUGUUAUUCUCUCAUGCACACUUGUCUUAACUCUGCAACAGUCUAACUGAGACAAAUUUACCACUUUACUGUAUAUUUUUUGCACUUUAUUUGAAUUUGCUUAAAAUGUUACCUUAUUUUUCUCAUAAAAAGAAUAAAAUUAGUAAACUGCCAUCCUGUAACUUAAAGCACUAGAGAUCCACAGUAGAUUCUUAUCAGUGUUUAUGU